GCACUGACUGGCAGCACUGCUGGGCUGCACUGCUGGGUGGCACUGGUGGGUGGGCAGCACUGGUGGGGGUGGGCACAGGUGGGUGGCACUGGUGGGCAGCACUGGUGUGUGACACUGCAGAGUGGCACAGGUGGGUGCACUGCUGGGCACAGGUGGGCGGAGCUAGUGGGCGCACUGCUGGGCGGAACUUGCGGGCGGCACUGCUGGGCACUGAUCAUCAGUGCCCUGAUGAUCGGUGCCGAUCCCCGCUCUGACAACUGCCGGUUCUCGGCACAUGUCAUUGGACACCGCUGAUCACGUGGUAAAAGGCCGCUGUGAUUGGCA